AUGGAGGAUGCAGACGUUCGCCUCUCUAAAGCCCUCUCUUAUGCCCUGCGCCACGGUGCGAACAAACUGGGAUUACAGAUGGGGCCUGAUGGCUUUGUGGACAUAGCAGAGGUCCUCCGCUUGCCCCAGUUUAAGGCCUGGUCCCUGGACGAUGUGCAGCGCAUUGUGGAGACGAACGACAAGCAGCGUUUUGCUGUGCGGCUGCACCCUUCUGACGGACGCCCCCAGAUCCGUGCCAAUCAAGGGCACUCACUGCAGGUAUCUGAGUUGGAACUGAUCCCUUUGCUGGACCCUGCGGACUUCCCUGAAACCGUAGCCCACGGCACGUAUCUGCGCCACUGGCCAGCAAUUCGGAGUAAGGGCUUGUCCAGGAUGGGGAGAACACACAUCCACUUGGCGCCAGGAUUGCCAGGGGACGGGGCUGUCUUGAGCGGAAUGAGAAACAACUGUGAGGUGGCCAUAACCAUUGAUGUAGCCAAAGCUCUGGCAGACGGAAUCCCUUUUUACCACUCGGCUAACGGUGUCAUCCUCACCCCCGGCGAUGGCGACGGGCUGCUGGUCCCUCAGUACUUCCAGGAAGCCCUGCAGCUGCGGCCCGAUCGGUGCCAGCUUUCUCUUGAGUGA